AACUGAUCUGACUCUCUGUGUCGUCUGUCUGUGUGAGAGUGAACAACUGUCCAAAUGGCUCAGCAAGGAGUUCUGCUCGACCAGGACCAGUUCUGUUGUUCUGUCUGUCUGGAUCUACUGAAGGAGCCGGUCACCAUCCACUGUGGACACAGUUACUGUAGAAGCUGUAUUGAGGACUGCUGGGAUCAGGAUGUUCUGAAAGGGGUCUAUAGCUGUCCUCAGUGCAGACAGACCUUCACUCCAAGGCCUAAUCUGAGGAAAAAUAACAUGUUGGCUGAAGUGGUGGAGAAACUGAAGAAGACAGGACUCCAGGCUGCUCCCCCUCCUGCUCUGCGCUAUGCUGGACCUGGAGAUUUGGCGUGUGAUUUCUGCACUGGGACCAGAAAGCAGAAAGCCCUCAUGUCCUGUCUGGUGUGUCUGGCCUCUUACUGUGAGAUUCACCUCCAACCUCACUAUCAAUCUCCUGCUUUCAAGAAGCACAAGCUGGUCAAAGCCACCGCACAACUACAGGAGAAGAUCUGCUCUCAUCAUGACAAACUGCUGGAGGUUUACUGUCGUACCGAUCAGCAGUGUAUCUGUAUGCUGUGUACAAUGGAUGAACAUAAAGGCCAUGAUACAGUGCAGGCUGCAGCAGAGAGGACUGAGAAACAGAGGCAGCUGGGGAUGAGUCAGCAGAAGGUCCAGCAGAGAUUCCAGGAGAGAGAGAAGGAGCUGAAGGAGCUCCAACAGGCUGUGGAGUCUCUCAAGGUGAGUAUUGUUGACCAGAGGAGACACACCAUUUCACUUCUCUCCUCCAGUCAGAGAGAGAGAGGGGCCCCUAUCCAA